CAGCGAGUGUGUCGUGUCGGUCAUCUCUCCCGAGUGUCUCUCUCCUUGUGUGUGUGUCAUCAACACCGAGUAGCAGCAGCAGUACGAAGUGAACAGUAAAAGCUGCGCUUCUGAAGGAACAACGACACGGUUCGGUGAAAAGUAACAGCAAAGUAAAGGAAAAAACACAGCAACAAUGGCCCUGCCGGAAGAAAACCCCGUCUACUCGCCCUUCUUCGGAGUUAUGGGCGCAGCAGCUGCUAUCAUUUUCAGCGCUCUCGGUGCUGCCUAUGGUACGGCCAAGUCCGGCACAGGUAUUGCCGCCAUGUCGGUGAUGCGUCCGGAGUUGAUCAUGAAGUCCAUCAUUCCCGUUGUCAUGGCGGGUAUCAUUGCCAUUUACGGUCUGGUCGUGGCAGUUCUGAUCGCCGGUUCCCUGGAUGAGCCAUCGAAAUAUUCGCUGUACAAGGGCUUCAUUCAUCUCGGCGCUGGUUUGGCUGUCGGUUUCUCGGGAUUGGCUGCCGGUUUCGCCAUCGGUAUCGUCGGUGAUGCUGGUGUCCGUGGUACUGCCCAGCAGCCGCGACUGUUCGUCGGUAUGAUUUUGAUCCUCAUUUUCGCCGAAGUGUUGGGUCUGUACGGUCUUAUCGUCGCCAUCUACCUGUACACGAAAUAAAUUAGCACUGCCAACGCUAAUUCACUCCACGGUGUCCCUUGCUGGUUGCGUGCCACCAGUAGUAGUGGUUUCGGACAUGGAUCAAUCAACACGCAAAGUACUAAGCGAGCGAAAUAUGCAAUGCAACCAACAACGCGCCAUCACUAGCAACAAAUUAUCAUCGCAUACGAGAAAAGGUACCAUCCAAGUUCUCCACCAACACAGUAUACCGGUGUCACUACUGCCACCGAUAGGAACAUCAAGAAAAACUUGCCGCAAUCUAACCAUGGGACACCUGUAGAUUAUCAGCCUGAUAUAUGGUGCAUGGGCACGCAUUGCAUAAUCAAAAACGAAACUGUUCAGCAAGAUCAACACCGAUCGCUGCGAACAAAUAACAGGUGCUGAACAAAAUUCCUAAAAAAAAAUAACAACACAUAAUUUACAUCCUAGGGUAAAACAAACAGGCAGAACCAACAACACGAAAAUGUGACAAACCCAACAACACUAGCGGUAUGUCUCACCGAUAAGGUAAAGGGAGGAUCCCAAUAUCCUGUUACUUUGCAAUCUUUACUUGCCUUGUUGGCGGGGGACAGUUAAGCUUCAAUAUAAUGUACUGUACAACAAACUCAGAGAUCAGAGUUCAGAGUUCGCUUCCAAAAAUCACGGAAACGUUGUUGCCAUUUACACCCAUCCCCGAACACUAGAAAGGCUGCACCGCGCUGUUGGUUGUGUUUUGAAGACAGGCGGCAUGUUAAAUGAAAUCUGAAAACAACUUCCGGAACUAAAACAAAAGACUAUUUGUAUUUAUGUAAAAUAAUGUGUAUUUAAUUGUAAACUUAAUUUAUGUACAUGUAAAUUUUCCAAACUCACUCUCACUCCUACACCCACACACGCACACAAACACACGGACGCGCGAGCACAUUUACACACAAACACACGUCUGACACACAGGACAGACUGCCUAGGGCAUAAGAUUGACGGGAAAUCGGCAGGAAUGGACAGACAGAAGCGUGCAGGCAGUAAAGAAAUGAGAAAGUCUGUGCAUUGUGUGCACCUGAGGAUUUUCCUUGAUCGUAUCAUGGUGUCCACCACAGAACGGAACAUCUUGUUUUUGGCCCGCAUGCAGUGCACCCAACUCGGAUUUAACCGGACUGGGUGUGCCAUAGCGUCGGUGUGGGGAGUUGUGCUGUGUUUGGCAGGUGAUGUCGCACAGAAGGAAUGUUUUCAAGUCUGUGAUAAAAGCUUCCAUCACGAACCAUCACACGGAAAACAUCAUUGCAAAACGGUAGAUGCAACAGUAACAACAAAACAAACCACGGGUGAAGUUACACAGAUUAGAUCCAACAGACGAGCCAGAUCGAGAAUAAAGGUUUUCCCCCUUCUUUACGGUUUCCCCGAAAACCCACCCCGGAAUGAAUGUUGCAUUUUGUGUUAUUUUUCGACAAACGGUUUACGGUAAUAAUCUCACACGCCCGGUUUAUGGUGUGGUUGUGGUUGAUGUGAGGAGGUAGACUGUGUUCGACAAGUAAACGGAUACAGGUGCUCGUUCGGUAAAGAAAUAAAUGGGGGGAAACUUUUCGAAAACAUUGCCCUUCUAAGGAGAUCUGGUUUCCGUUUCAAUGCUUUUUUUUGAAAACAAGACCCGUUCCGCCGCCGCAACUAUGAGGCGGGGAUGCGUAAAAUGCAAGAGUAUUAGCAAAGUUUUUUGUUUUACGUCCCGGAAUCCAACUAUCUCGAUAUUAAAAACAGCUAAUGGACGACAGACCGAACCCAACGCGCGUGUGUGGAUGAGUGAGUACAUCCGGUGGCAAUAGCGAAGAGUGGAACACGGAGGAAAGGGUUUUGAAGGAUGUGCAUAUUAUUGAGCUUAAUUACCAGGGGUUUUUGCACGUUUUCAUAUAACAUCGCAACGAAACGAAAUGAAUCCAACAAACAAAAGGGAGCUAUGCAAACAAAAAUGGCAACGGGCGGUAAAACAAGACCACUGAUCGCGCGUGCUAAACAAUUAAGGAUAAAACUAAAACCAGCAGAAAAUGGGAAAGGGAAACAAACUAUACAUUCAUAUGCGUUCGUUACACGUACAUGUAGUAAUAUUCGAUCAUUAUCAUCAUCAUAGGUGUACGGAAAGAAUACAAUCGCGAGACGAGACAAUUUUUCAAAUAAGCUUAGGGGAGAGAAGAAACAUAACAGCAUUAAAACAUCAGCCAAAACCAAUUAAAAGAGAUAGGACAACUGUUAGGACACGGUACGGAGCAGCUCGAACUCCACAACAUCUAGGGCGACCAAGGUCCCUCUGUGCCUUGUUCUAAUGGAUGAAUUAAGUUCACUGUAUGGCGCAGCCGAUAAUAGGCUGGUAAUAGGGGGCUGUAUUGUAGGAAGGAAUAGUUCUUAUUUUUACCAAAUCAGAUCCAGAUCUACUGACAACCGUUAUCACUCCAAACCGUAGUUAGACCGAACUCCGUGUCCGUGAUUGACGGUAUGGAGUUUGGAAUUUCUUUCACCGAUUCGGAGAUCGCGGUUGUCCACUUUGCACAAGAACAGAUUUAGCAAGAAGAAAACAUCAAGAGGAGAGAGAAGACACACAUACGUAAGAGAUACGACCAACAUCUUCGGUAUCUUACUAAGACCAGACAGAGGGAGAGAAGAAGAAGAAAGGAAGAACACACACGGUAUCUCUUCAUGGAGAGGAGAUACUGUGUCCCACAAGGUCACGAUUGCCAACGAUCCCACACGAGUUGCGUGUAUAUUGUAUAUAAAUAGGGAGUGACCAUUACUGGUGCGGACCAUCUGACCAGAACUUAAACGAGAGAUAGAAGACACACACACACACACACACCGAUACAAAACGAUAAAGAGAAAAUCCCAUGCCAGCCAGUCCUUUUUGGUAGGGCAAUCCGCGCGCACAUGUCGUGCCAAUGAACAACCCAACACCACCACUCCAUACCCCCCCCCUCUUGGAAGGAGCGGUCCCAUGCGUGUAGUGCGCGGAUCUUAGGGCAUGGGUAGAGGCAACCAGUGGAAAUUGUGGCAAAAUGGGUUCCUCCGAAGCGAGAGCAGACGGCUAAGUCCCUUCCGCGCGUUUAGAUGCUGAAACAAACGGAACUGGAUGUUACCGGGUCCUCCGAGUGUUACUCAUGGGCAUGAUUGCUUCGUCGCGAGGAAUCGAUUUUCCCGCGCUAUUUUCAACUGGCUAGAUCCUUCCUUGCCUUCGUUGUGGUCGCACGGAAUCGGCUGGAUGGAAAUGUAGUUCAAUACAUCUAAAUUCAGCAGGAAGAAACGUCAACUGGUGAAACACACUGCGUUUGAGGGUUGUGUACGAUCAACAUGCCCGGCGAAUCUUCCCGCUCCGAAUCCGACAUGACUGCAGCGAUCAAACCACGAAAGGAAGGAUAUGCAAGUGAGGAGUUUGUGAGCACAAAACACAAACAAUCUAGUUCCAUCGCGCACACCCACACACACACCCUCAAGUGGAACGGAAACGGAAACACGUGUGCAUUAGAUUGUGAAACCUGUUGAAAACAAGCCGAGUGUUUUGUUGUGAGAGGAAGCUUUAAACAAAAACGGAAAGGAAGAUCCUGCUACCGUUAACUAGCUAAAAACAGGACACCGACUACCUUAACCUGCUACGCGUACAUUUACUUUUAAACCGAUAAGUUACAAAGUGGAACACAAACCCAUCUUUUGUUAAACACAAUCGAAACCCUUUGUAACCAUCCGCCACCCGUUGGACAGCAAUAUUAGGGGCUUCAAUAUGCGGGGGAGUUACAGGGGAAGCAGAAGAGAAUGAAUAUAACAAACAGAACCCCCGUAGGUACAACAUUCAUCUAAACUACUCGGGGGUUAGAAUGUAAAGAUCUACCGAAAAUAAUGACAAUUGCGAACAUCAUCAUGAAACACAGAGAGAGAGAGAGAGAGAGAGAGAGCGAGUGAAAGCGAAAGAGAAGAAAUUCAAUGAAAAAAUGUGAAAAAUUAUGAGAAUAAAAAAAGAAAACAGAAGAAACGAAGAAGAUAGUAGCCGAAUGAGAU